AUGUCUCCCACUCUCAGACCUUCUUACAAGCAGCAGCAGAUCAUGGAGGAGAGUUUUCCACCUGCCUACAAACCUGUAAGUAUUACUAAUAGUAAAUGGGAGUCCGUCCAUUCCCUCCUGCUAUCUGUCUCUAUGAAAGAAUAUCAUGGUCUAACUAUAAUCCCAGUUUGACCAUUAAUUGUAUUAUAUAGGGGCAAACUGAAGCCCAGGUCGUUAUUUAACAAACAUUUGUAGUUGUAUGCUCAUGCUGGAAUUUCUUCUUAUUAAGUUUAGUGUGAGGAUAUUUAUGGGGUGAUAAAUAUUAAAAUAAUAUUUUCAUAAAAAUGAUAAAAAAUGUAUUUAAUAAUGUUUAUCAUAUCAAAAAAUUAUAUAUUGGCACUGUUUCCCUUGAUAGAUUUAAAGGAAAGAGUUACCCACUAUUAUAACUCUUAUAGACCCUGAAGUACGUUUAUAAUGAAUACUUUUCGAACAACCUACCUUGACCCUUUGUGUCACUAUACCCCACUCCCUCUAGAAAAAGCAUGUCAAACUCAAAGUCUGGAUCAGGCCACAUAAACAAGGUUAAAGUAUAUGAGGGCCUAAAAAAAAAAACUACCUUAAAUUUUCAUAGAAACGGAGGUUUAUUUGAAAAAAGUAUAGCAUAAAAAAAGCCAGCAUCCUCAUCUACUAAAUCCCAGCCUCCCCCUCUACUAAACCACAACACCCUCCUCUACUAAAUCCCAGCCUCCCCCUCUCCUAAACCACAACACCCUCCUCUACUAAAUCCCAGCCUCCCCCUCUACUAAACCACAACACCCUCCUCUACUAAAUCCCAGCCUCCCCCUCUACUAAACCACAGCACGCCCUUUUGCACCCUAUGCCAAAUCUGAUCCUCCCACUGACACACACACAUAUUCACUGACAGACACACACAUACUUGCUGACAGACAGACACAAAUAGACACACACACUCUUACAGACAGACAGAAACACACACACAUACUCACUGACAGAGACACACAUACACAGACACACACAUACUCACAGAAGGACACAAACACAUACUCACUGACAGACACACACACACUUCAGAAGUAGUUGUGGAAGGGUGUGGAAUUGCAUUCUGUCCCUUUAAGUAAUAUGUAGCUGGGUGCAACUCGGACAGUCUCAGUACCAGAGACCAAAUGCUGAAUAACAAAAAUAGAAGAAAGGUCCAGGCACUCCAAGGUACAAACCAGGCAAUUUUAGUGAACCCACUCUUUGUCAAGCUACUAAGUGCAAGGAAUACAAGUGAUUAACAAUUAAGAAGAUUACAUCAAACACUUAGUUAAAUUACAAUGAUAAAUUCCAUUAUAUCCAUAUACAACCCCCAGUAUAAUCACAAUGAUGGUAAAGGCUAACAGCUGUGCCACGAGUCAGAGUACAAAUAAACUCAAUUGAAUACAAUCACAAUUCAAUACAUCAUCAUAGUUACAUCGAUUUUAUAUAAAGUUCUAUCAGAAUAUAUUUAAAGACAUAAGACAUUUUUAAUUGUUAAAUAUCCAUAGUGCAAUCAAUAAAUGAUGGACUCUUUUUUUUUAAAUUAAACGCUAUUAUUAUAAUAGCCUAACUCAUUGCAGCCCAAGAAGCCUUCUCAUCAAGUACCAUCUCUGGGAUAUGGAGACAAAAUUCGAAAAAAUUAAAAAAGCAAACAUCACAGUAAUAAACAAUAAAACUAAUCAAAACCAGAUCGGGACCAAUAUUGAGUCCAAUUUAGAUAGAUAGAUAUAUGAGUUAGGCUAUUAUAAUAAUAGCGUUUCAUUUUUCUCUAACUGGAGAUCUCUUUCCUGCUCCUCACUGCUCACUCCAUGCGUGGUUUAGUGAUGCCGGGUGCCAAAAUAUGACGUCAUAUUCCGCCACCCAGCUUCACUUCAGACGGUGUGCGCGUUGAGCAGGGAGGAGCAGGAAGGCUGAGCUCCCUCGCUGGCCCUCUUCCCCGGCCGGGUAAGUUUUAGCAGAGUAGGCACCUCCAAUGUGGGGAAAGCAGGUGCCUACUCUGCUAUAACACCAGGCUGUACUCGCGGCUCUCCGGGACGCAAAGAUGGUCCUUGUGGACCGUGAGUUUGACAUGCUUGCUCUAGAAUGUAAGCUCAUUGAGCAGGGCCCUCAACCCCUCUGUUCCUGUGCGUCCAACUUGUCUGGUUACAACUACAUGUCUGUUCGUCCACCCAUUGUAAAGCGCUGCGGAAUUUGAUGGCGCUAUAUAAAUAAUAAAAUAAUAAUAAUAAUAAUAAUUAGAGAAUUUGUAUUUCACACAUUAAUCACAAACUAAUUAUAAAAUAUAAUUUAUUGUGACAAUUAAUGAAAAUAAUAUGUAACAUGCAUGACAAUAAUCAGUGAAUAUAUAGGUAUAACAUAAGUAUACAAUAUGGUACCAGUUUUAACACAAUUUCAGAUAGUUCAUAGCAACAUAUCCACAUAGAUGCAAAUUUCAAAAAGAUUAACUACAGAAAACUUCCCUUUGAUAUUAGCUAGGCAUUCCUUAACACAUAACUUUUCAUAGCCACCCAACAGCACAGCUAAUAGCCAUAACACAUUGCUGUUAGUCUGAAUAACUCACUCACUGCUGGCUACAAUUCUCACUGGAAAAAAUACCUUUUAUAUUUCUCAUACCAGAUCAGUUUAACCAUUCCUUUUCAUCCAAUAAACAAUGAAUAAUGUAACCAGAUUUUACAUUUGCAAAAGAUUAGAUUUCCUGAUGGAAGUUUAAGUAUCCCUAAAUUAAGAUGUCAAUAUUUCUGGAUAAUAGCUUGAUAUGCUAAACAUGCCAAAUUACCAGUAAAUAUAUUGUUUAUUUAUUCACUCAGCAGUAAGGUAUUUAUAACCAUAUAUUUCCUUAGCUAACUAUGAUUUCAUAAUAAUUGAAAUCUGACCAGCUUUUAUCCAGGUAUAUUUUUGCUUUAGUAAAAAAAAAUAAUUUAUUUAAAUAAAACCAGCAUAUUUACCAACUUUCUUGGUAGAAAUUCUUAGGCUUAGAUAUAUUCCCAUGAAUGUUGUAUGCAAGUAUGAGUAGAGAAUUGUGAAAAUAGGAAAGUUAUCAGAGUUGUGAUUAUUAUGAAUUUCAAAGUUUCAGUUGGAGUGUUAGAUUUUUUUUUUAGAGUUCCAGAAUUAGUUGGAAGAGAUACAGAAAGUUAGGUGUGUCCAGCUUUUGCUCCAGAUCUCCGACUUAAGCCCUGUCUUCAGCUAUCCUCAAUUUUUAAAGGACCAGCUUCCCUAAACUUAAAGUGACCAAUAAAGUCAGGUUGGUGUAUCUUUUCUAAAGGUUAUCAUCUAGACUUUGGUCAAUAGAUGUAGUAGUAACACAACAAGAAAUUCUCGUCAGGAAAUCCAACUACCUCUCUGUAAAAGGGGUUAACUGAAUUUCAUGAUGCGUUUGAUGUCAUAAUUGCAGUCUUUAUGGAUUUUGACUCGUACUGAACCCUUGUUCACCUUCUCUAUACAAUGAAACUUUGGAUCAAUCCUUUAAAUCUAAAAAGUAAAAUUAAUAACUUUAAGUAUUAUUUGUUUGUUGUAAUCCUGUGUCUGUUUUUUUUCUUUUUUUUUUUGUGCACAGCAUACAAUGCCACAACAGCAUACGAAGUCACAAUAUUAUCACAGGCUUUCACAUAUGUGGCAUUGAGAUAGUGGCACAUUUUUUUAAGGUUAGGAUAUAGUAAAGGUUGGUAGGUUGCUAGAUACCAGGUAGACCUUAUACUAGGACAGAAUAGCUGGGCAGUAAAUUAUAGUAGUGGUACAGGUUACUCCCUGGGAAUUUAAGAUUAUCAGAAAGAUUAUUAACAGGAUCAUUAACCAUUGGGAAUAGAGACUUAUGAGUCACUACAUCUUAGCUGCCAGGCUCCACCCAGUGUGUCUGUUUUUUUGUGUGAAACUAUGUGUAUAACUUGGUAAUGUGCCAGCAUGUGAUAUAUACAUGUCUUUUACACAUUCAGCUAAUGUUAGUGUAAUAAUAAUGACUUUAUUUGUUGGUAUUCUAUCCAUGAAUAUUUAAUAUUAUUAACAUAGUAAUAUGAUUAAAUAUAAUAUGUAUGAUUAAAUAUAAUAUGUAUCUGGGCUGUUGCUCUUUCAACCCCCCUUCUUGCAAGAGAGUCUUGUCUCUGGUCAAUGUUUACAUUUGUCGCAUUCCUUUUCUCGGGGUUUGUGAAUGAAUAGUUACAGAGAAAUAAAAAUGUGUCUGUCUUUGCAUUAUUGUUACAAAAUGUCACAUCUGCUAAGUCUUAAGUCUGGUAUUCACAAAUGUAGAGCCACAAUAUUAGGCUUAAAAUAUUGGCUGAUGGAAAUAUUAGAAGGGAUCCCAUUCCCUUACAAGGUAAUGUUGAGAUGCCCGUUGAUGUUAUCCACUAAAUGAUUUCACUGGACGUGAGAUGGCUGUAUAAAGAAAUAUUUAUUUCCAAACAAAAUCACACAAAGUAAAAAGAAAACUGUUAAAUAUAAAGUCUACAGAAAAAAAGUACUUGCAAGACGCUUUUCGCCUGUAUAUUAGGCUUCCUCAGUUGCAUGUACUGCUCUCCGGUUACCUGUGUUCAUUACAGGUAAGUUCCGUCUCCUCCGUGUGACACUGUUGCCACGGUUUCGCUUUGAUGAAGUAUUUCUGGUUGAGUCCGUAUUUGGAAUGCGUAUGCGUUCCACUCUUAAAACAAGCUUUAUUGUCCAUCGUUCCCCAGCACUUUUCUCAUGUGUAUACAUCGAAAAAAGAUGAGAGUGGGGAGUUAUUCGAUUAUUUUUAGAUAACAAAUAUAAAGACUACUAAGUAUUUACAAUAUAAGCCAAAAAAUAGACGUAAAUACAAGUAUAUGUAUGCCUGCUAGGAAUAAUUCCUAUGCAGAAAAGUAGGUAUCAGAAAAUAAAUAUAUAAAAGAGUGCAAAAUGUAAAAUACAAAGAGGGAAAUGUCUACAUAGAUGGUAAAAUCUAAAACAUAACAAUAAUUAAUUUUAAAUAAUAUAUUUUUUUAUAGAUAGUCUUUAUAUUUGUUAUCUAAGGAUAUUCUAAUAACUCCCAGGGAGUGGGAUCCCUUCCAAUACUUUGAGCCUAAUAUUGUGGCUCUACAUUUGUGAGUACCAUACCAGGAUUACUGUAUAUGUGUUUACAUAUGUAUCAGACUGUAAUGCACUAGGUUUUGCCAUUUUUUUAUCUGUUCAACUUAUUAUUGAUACCUUUAACCAAGAACCAUCCACACUCCACCUAUAUUUAAUUUAUGUAAUUUAAAAAAAAGGUUUAAUGCUGUUGACUUAAUUUGAAACCUUCCAAGAACUAAAUGCUGUCUUUUUAAAUUUUAUGUGGCAAUUCCACAAAACAAAUUUGCUAGUGCAGAAAGCAACUGAGUGUGGAGUGUGGCGGGUGGGGUAGAUAUUGGCUACAAUAUAUGUUUUAUGUAAUUGCAUAUUUUAUUCAAGCCUGAAAAUUCGAAUGUAAGAUAAAUAUGUUGUUCCAUUAUUAUUAUAUAAUUCUCACAGGAACCUUAUUCCCAGCCAUAUUCCCAGCAACACAUAUAUAAUAAUAAUACUAAUAUUUAACAAUCAGCUCCUGGUUCUAUCCUACAAAUUCCUGGGCAGAUCAUAUAAAUAUGGGCCAUUUCCAGCCAAUAGCAUGCUUGCAGACACAUGAGAUAUAGACACAUUGUUUAUUUAAUUUUAAUCACUUUUUCUCUUCGCUGUCUUAUUUCCAUGUCCCCUUGUAAGUCAGAAAACGUCACCUGAGUUGGAAACACGUAUAAUAGAACAUGGAAUCAUGUUCAAGAACAGAUUUCCUUGGGAGGAGUCAAAGACUUUGUUAAAUAUGUAAAAGACAAAUAAAAUGAUGUUUCAACUGUUUCCUGAUAGACGGCUUGCUAGAUCCUUCAUGACAUAAGGGUAUUUGCCCAUCUCCUUGUCACAAAGGGUUUGAAAUUGUAGACAUUGUUUUUCUGAACAACUUCUAUUUUGUCAUAUAAGCAAAGCAUGUAAACUAGAAAACUAUUGAUCCUAAAUGUAAUGACAUCAGAGUAUUUAACCAGAAAAGGUACAUUUGGUCUGGCUCCAGUUUCCUUUGGUCUAGAUGUUACUAUUCUUCAAUGGACUGUUUUUCAUUUAAUUGACAUUGAAGAGUGAAGGGUUGAGAUGACUUUGCCACAGAGUUGGAUUAAGAGUCUUGGAAGUGCUGAGAAAAUUUACGAUGGUAGACAGAAUGCACUACAACAGCCUUAUCUCCCAAGUAUGUUUAUCAGGUGGAGGUGGUACUUGAGGGACACUUGCAGGAUAUAUUUUAAUCAAACAAACAAUACAAUACUGUCACCACAAAAUGUGAAGAAUAGUAGAAGGUAAGUAUUCAAUAUACUUAUCUAAACAAGUCAAGUAGACAGCCUCCCUAAGAUCACCUCCCAGGUGGUGAUUAUAUUAGACCAGAAUAUAAGAAACAAAUGUAUGGGAAACGCCUGUAAUUCUAAAAAGAACAUAAACAUUACAGCUAUUUUUGUACAUUUACUUGUUACUUGCUUUGAUUUUAUGGUCUCUGAGGAAGUUCCAAUUGUGGAACGAAACACGUAAGACCAAUACUAUUGCUGUUUUAAUAGCAUUUAUCCUGGUGUUUUUCACCAUUUUUAUUCAAUAAAAUAGCCUUUUUUCUAUACAUUCUCAUCUGGAGUCCUGCUUUCCUGCUACACUCGCAGACCAAGUAGAAGUGAUUCACAGCCCCCCACUACAUCGGGGGAGGCACCCACUGAGCGCUUUAAACGUCUACAUCUUGUGAGUGCAACCAUUUAUAGCGCACAUUUCAUUGUUUUAACUGUAUAACACUGUUAUGUUUUUUUUAGAACUACAGCCGUAUUCCAUACAUUUGUUGCUUAAAUUCAAGAUAUUUCAAACCUAUACGUACACAUACCCUAUGUCAAUCUGUCUCCUCCAUCCCUCAGUCAGUCUGUCUAUCUUACAAACCCCACAGCUCCCAUCUCCUCUCUCCUUUACUAAUAACUAACUCUUAGACCUUUCUUCUCUGCACUUGCUGUCCUCCCCUUUCGUCCAUACUAAUCGGCAGAGCCCGUGAUCUGCAGCCCUGGAUAGAGAAAGAGGUGAAUGUGGUGAGUGCUAGUUCUCUCAUAUUUAUACAUAAACAUAUAAAGUAGCAUUCAUAUUUGUUUUGCUACUUAUCAUGAAAUUACUCAGCUUUAAGAUGUACAUAUCAUAUUGAUCUGGAUAUUUUAUUUAUAGGAGCCGUCGUUAAGACAGCAGCGUCGUGGGGAAAUAUAUUACAAAGAAAGACCCCAGUUUCACAAGGAAAGUUAUAACAAAGAUAAACUCCCUAAUUACCAUCAAAGUAAGUGACCUUUUACCAUGGGACUAUGUAACACUAAAGGGAUGUCCAGAGAGGCCUCACAAAUGAUCUGUGAUUUUUACACCUGUCUCUGUUCCACUUUCCUUCUUUAUUUCAAUGAAUCCUUACUUUUUUAUAACUUUAUAUUUUUAUUGGAGAUACAUUCAUGUACAAUGGACAUAGAUUUGUACAUAAAAUGAUUCUGAACGUACAUUCAAAAUAACAAGCUCAUUGUUAUUUCAUUGGUAUAUCUGAAAACAGAGGAACGCAUGUAAUAUAGCGUGUUUACACAUUAUUUUGCAAUCAAUAAAUAUAACUCUUUUCAAUCCAUCUCCCGUACCUAACCUGCUGCUGCGGGUUCACACUGAGCAAUCACAGCAGUAGCAAGGCAGACUGAGCAUCAGCCGGUCAGACUAUAGUAAUGUCUCUUCCAAAACGGCUGCUCAGCCAGGCAAUAAUAUAAAAAAAGCCACAUUUUUGGUUUGUUUUAAAUGUUUUUUGUUUUCAUUGCAGAGUAUAAGCAAACAUUAGGUAGCGUCUCAUAAAAGGCACAUGGAGGCCUAUGCAGAGGCAGAAAAGACAAAAUCUGCAAGUGUAACGAAAUCAUUGGCAAUAAGCAUACGCAUAAUAUUCUGUCGCACAAUAUAUAAAUAAUGGCGGAACAUGGUGCAGCAGAGCUGAACUAGUGCCACAUUUUAUCUAAAAAUAAAAUCAAUCAAUAUACACUUAAUUAAAAAACACACAUUAAUUCGAUCAAAUGCAAUCAACUUAAAAAAAAGUUUGAAGUGAAUAUUUGAUGACACUAUAAUAAGCUGUAGUUGUUAUGGUACAAUUUUUGAAUGGUUUGAAUUCUUACUGGGUCUGCCAGGCACAGCUCCCUGUCUCCACUACUAACAGUGGAGAGUUGGAGGGGUUAUUCCAAGCACCAUGACCACUUCAGUGAUUUCAAAAGUGUACUAUUUCAAAAGAACACUGUACACACAAAGUUUAACCCCCUCUGUUGUCGGAGGUGUAAAUCUCUGGCAGUGUCAUUGGGGCAGCCAGCACAAAACUUGAGUAUCGGGGGGAAGGAGGGGCUAAUGUCAAUUCUACACAUGAUUUGAAAUUAUCAUCAGAACGUACAGCAUGCUGGCAAAUGAUAGCCAAUUAAAUCAUGCCCGUCUUACAUGCCACCCAUGUCCCCUCCUCAGCCCCACUGCAAUGACAUCCGUCCCCCUCCAGAGAGGGGGGAGUGACAUCAGAGGAGAAGGAUCAAGCUGCAGGAAGAACUUGGUGCUGGAACAAAUAUGAGUUGUGGGUGGAUCAGGUUAGGGGGGGUUACUGUGACCAAAAACAGUGCUUUGUUGAAAGACUUUUUGUUGUUGUUGGAGUAACCCUUUAAUUAAGAACUCUCCUGAGCUAAGCCUUAAAGUGUAGGCCUUAGAUCAAUGGCUGAGAGUGAUCAGCUGAUGCUUAGGAACGGCUGAGGAAUGUCCAGCUCUCUGGUGUUAGUAUUAGAUGCAGGGAGCGGUGCUCAGUGAACCCCAUGUGAGAAGUUAAAUUAUUAAAAAAUGAAUCUUUUGUAGUUGUUAUGGUGUUGGAGUCUCUGCUUAAAUAAAUAUGCUUUCUCUGUUGUUUAUUUCCUCAGAAGAAAAUCCUGUAUUUGCUGAUCUUUUAUCACGGCUAAAGAUGGGAGAAUACAGACAGACAAAGCUCACUCUGCAAGAUGUUCUGAAUAUCGGGCAACUGACCAUGAAUGACAUUGAGUUACGGACUGUAGAGGACAUUCCCUGGUAUUUUCUGCAGAAUGUAAUGUCUCUCAAUGUGAAUGCGAGAAACACAACACUUAAAAAAUCUGCACAAAGUGCAAAAACUAGGGAUAGUCUGAGCAGGUUUCAGUGUUAUGACGAUGAUGAAGAAACAGAUUUGUCUGAUUCCAUCCACCCCCUGGAUGUCCUGUGUGUUCUCCUCAAUUGUUCAGACCAUUUCUUACAACAGGAAAUUAUAACCAAGAUGUCCAUGUGCCAGUUUGCUGUCCCUCUGCUGCUCCCUGCUGGUGAUGGAUCUAACUGCACCUUCAUGCUAUGGGCAAUGAGAGACAUUGUGAAGAAAUGGACACCUCGCGCCUGUGAAGACAGUAAAAGUUUUAUGGAAGACAGUUUAGUAAAUAUUCCCAUGCCAGUCUUCUCUUUUGUGCGGUUGGGAACAUGCACUUCAUCCAAAUCUAAAAUCCUGAAUCAUGUGCUAAGUCCAGAUCACACAAACUACAAUAUUUUUGUGAAUCAGGACAUGGAUUGUGGGAAUUACCCUCGAAAUGUCUCUGUCGGGCUAGUGGAGAUAUCUUGGUUUUUUCCUGGUAGCACAGGAAACUCUGAAACUUUCCCAGAACCCUUUGCUGUCACCAAUUUACGCGGAGACCUGGAACCUAACUUCACACAAUUCACCUUUUUAGCUGCGAUAUCUACAGCUGUCUUUAUAUUUAUUGAGAGUUUUACUGAAAAGGAUUACAAACUGUUUACCAAGCUCCGAGACGUAAACACAAAUUACUAUUUUAUUAUCAGUCCAAAUAAUGACAAACAGAAAAAGCAGAUUACAGGAGACAAUCUAAAAAAAUUAUCCACAACAUUAAAAGUGUUCAUAAUUAGGCAGAGUGAUAGAAAUAUAAUAAAAUCUGUUAGAGAUGUACAGGAAAUUAUCUCAGGCUGUACACAGAACAAGGGCAGUUGGCGAAGCUUGGAGGGUAUGGCAGUUGUGGCCAAUAAGUAUGGAAUAAAAGUAGAUGAGUAUAAGGAGGAAUGUCAGAAUGCCAAGAAUCAUGCCUUUUCCAUCACAAAGGAGAUAAAGGAUGUAGCACAGUAUAAGAAAGAAACUAUGAGAUUGCAGGGUGAUCUGUGGAAGGAGAUAUCUAAGGAACAAAAGGAAAUGUGCAGAAUGAGGAAUCAACGGCAUUCUAACAGUAUGAUUUACAGAGAUAAACUCGUGAAAAAAUGCUCUGACUUAACCAGGGCUCAGUAUGAGCAACCAAUGCCGGAUGGCAUAAAGAAAUUUCUCACAGUUAUCACACAUUUAACACAUUUAGAAAAAUGUUAUUUUAUUAAAUGGAUGAAGUUUAAUCUUGAUUCAAUUGCUAGAAAAACAUUUUUGAUGCACAAGGAUGAAUCCAAUAUGAUGCACAAGGAUAAGUGGACAAAACAAACUAAACCGAAACAGCCUACCCUUAAUAUUUCAGAAAACUCACUGGGAAUUGAACACUUCCUGCGUGAGAUGGGGCAGUUCUAUGAAGCUGAAAGUACUAUGAUUAAACAGGAACAAAUCAGUCCAAACCAGAGACAAUUCAGUCAUCUCCCAGAAAUAGCAGCUGAUCUCCUGCUGGAGGGAUUCCCAUUAGAGCUGAUUGAUGGAGAUGCCUCCAACAUCCCCCUGCAGUGGAUAACUGAUGUCCUGACUGAGCUGGACUCUAAGACAGGAGGACGAUGCAGAAUGAGAGUGAUCACUGUGCUGGGAGUUCAGAGUACGGGGAAAUCCACCCUUCUGAACACCAUGUUUGGUUUGCAUUUCCCAGUGGCCAGUGGACGAUGUACACGAGGGGCUUUCAUGACCCUUAUUAAAGUGAAAGAGGAUGUCCUGGAGGAUGUGGGCUGUGACUUUAUUUUGGUGAUUGAUACUGAAGGUCUGAAAGCUCCUGAACUGGCUUCUAUGGAGAACAGUUAUGAACAUGACAAUGAGCUGGCAACGCUAGUGGUCGGGCUGAGCGAUAUCACCAUAAUUAACAUGGCCAUGGAGAACUCAGCAGAAAUGAAAGACACCUUGCAGAUUGUGGUUCAUGCUUUCCUUCGGAUGAGUGAAGUUGGAAAAAAAACGAAUUGUCACCUCGUACACCAGAAUGUAAGUGAUGUGUCAGCACAUGUAAAAAAUAAGGCUGGUAGAUCAAAUCUUUUGAAAGAACUUAAUGAAAUGACAAAAAUAGCUGCUAAAAUGGAGCGAAGAAAUAAAUCCAUGGCAUUUUCUGAUAUAAUUGAUUAUAAUCCUGAGAAGCACAGCUGGUACAUCCCCGGAUUAUGGAAUGGAGUCCCACCCAUGGCUCCAGUAAACUCAGGGUACAGUGAAAGUAUUUUUAAGUUAAAACAUUAUUUAUUCGAAAUCCUAAGCAAAAGGCAUUCUCCAAUACCCCAGAAUAUAAACUCGUUUAUUACGUGGAUGAAGAGUUUGUGGAAUGCUGUAAAAUAUGAAAGUUUUAUUUUCAGUUUUCAAAACAUCUUGAUGGCAGCAGCUUAUGAUCAGCUGUCCUUAAAAUACUCAGAUUUGGAGUGGAGCUUCCGCAAAGAAGUCCAUGUUCAUCUAGUUAAAUAUGAGAAUAUUAUUAAAAACCAGCUACCAGAAAAAAUCCAAAACGUGGCUUCAAGUAUUCUGGAAAAUGAUCUGAAAAACCUCCUGGACAAAGAAGAAUCAAACAUGAUCCAACAAUUAGCACAGUUCUUUAAAGGUGGCUCUGUCAAUGUGAAUCUGGUAGAAAGAUACAAGGAAGAUUUCUUCACAUAUGUGAAAAGCCUCAGACGAGAUCUUGAAGUUAUGGCAUCAAGCAAAUGCUGGGAGGCAGUCCGAAUUCAAAAUGGGAAAAAUGAGAUUCAAAACAUUCAAGACAAAUGCCAACAAUUCAUUGAAGAAGAGGUCCGUAAACAUUUGGAGAAUGGCAAAACCAUCCAAAAUGUACCAAGUGAGGAAGAACUGAAGGUAGAAUUUGAUAAAAUAUGGAUUAAUAUAUUACAAAAAUUAAACGUGGCUCGAUUGCAGAAACACCGAAUAGAUAAUGAAAUGUUGGAACAGCUGAAACGGGAAAUGAAGGACAGACCAAGCAUGGUCAAUGAGAAAUUAAAAAAUAUUAAGUCUCUAAAAGAAUACGAAGUAAAAAGCUUUAAAAUUACUAAUAGCCACAUGGAUGGCAGUAUUUUAAAAAAGAUUUUUAAUUUAAUUUUGAAAGAUAACUACAAGAAAUUGGAUUACAUUGCACACUCAUUGAUAGAUGACUGCCUGCAUUAUGUUAAGGGAAAGAUUAACACAAAAGAAGAUUAUAAUGAACUAUACUGUCAGGAACUAUUGACCAUGAUAAACAGAAAACUGGAUGAAACAGAGGUGACAAACCUCCACCCUACCUCACUAUUUGAAGUGGAUCUGAAACUUCACAUUUUGGCUAAAGCAGCUCCUCUGUUUCAAAAUAUGCAUGAUGAGUUUGGCAUAAAUAACGAUCCCAAACUUCUUCUCAAUCAGUUCAAACCACAAUAUUUUGUGAUAUUUAAAAGUAGGAUUCAGAGGAAUAAUUCCAAGCAUAGGUCCAGGAGCCAUGCAAAACAUUUCUGUGAGCAAUGUUUGAAACCAUCAAUAAUUGACCACAUCUACAAAAAUCUCGGGAAAGAGAUUGUUGAUGAAAUUUUGAAAAGUGCUGAUUCCUUGAGGUUCAGAACUCGGAAACACUUCCAUUUCACACUUUUGAAGGAACUGCUUGAAAUGAACGAGUUUGAGAAGUACUUACAAUAUAUUACACAGUAUGAAAAUUAUGUGAAAAGUUGGAUUUCAGAAUACAUUGUAAAUAAAUAUAAACACUCUGCUGGUUUAGACAACUUGCUAUCUGGAAUUCUUUCUUCUUUAUCUGGAAAAAUCAAAACUGUUCUUCAAGAUAAAAUGGUACAAAAUAGCCAAAAUGUGCCAGAAUUGUUGCAGAGUUUCUCCGUGGAGUUAAGGAAGCAUUUGGUCCUUUCAAAGAAUGCACUGAAAGUGACGAGUUUCCAGAAUACCUCCAGCACCCAACAGUUUUCUUCAGACAUCAAGAAUUUAAUCGAUACAAUAGAAGAGGAAAUAAAGUCUAGCAUGAAAUCUAUGGGAGUUGAGACUAUCCUUUCUAAUCUUAUACUGAAACCUCAAGAUGAAUUAUUUCACAAGCUCAUUGGAUGUGGAAAGAGAUGCCCGUUCUGUGAAGUUCCCUGUGACGCUAAUGGAACUAAGCAUUACCAUCACUCUGCUACUGUGCAUCGACCUAGAGGAUUGAGCCAAUAUAUGUGGUUGGAAUCUAAUGUUCUUUACAAUUCAGUAUGUUCCACUGAUGUCCUGUCCAAUGACAGUUUUAUAAACUCAGACACAGAUGGCAAAUGGCACCCAUACAAAGAUUAUCGCACAAUCUACCCAAACUGGAUCAUACAACCAGACAGAGACAUGAGUUCCUCAAAUUACUGGAAAUUUGUAUUUAAACAGUUUAAUGAACAAUUUGCUGAACACUACAAUGCAGAGCCCGCUGAAAUCCCACCGGAAUGGAAAAUAAUAAAUCAGAAACAGGCUCUCUGCUCUCUGCAAGAAAUGUAUAAUUUGAAAUAA